AUAUAUCACUGUAUUUUCUUUAUUUACUGGUUCAUAUCUAUUAGAUUUUCUAAUAGUUGAUAUUUCUAUUUUAUAUAUCAUACGUUAAAUAUACAAUAUAAAACGCGUUCUUUCUUUUAUCAAUUAAUAUUAUCACAUAUAAUUAUAUUAUUACGGUUACUUGUACGAGAAAAUCCAAAGAUUGUUCAUUGAUUAACUUUUAAGUCAGAAUAUUUAUAAUCAGUGAAAAUUUAUAAGUGUAUUUGUACUUUUAUUAAAGAAAAAAAAAGAAAGAUAAAAAGAAAAAGAAAAAAUAACGGUAAACAAGAUAUUGAAAAGAAUUCUUUAUAUAUAUAUUUUUACAUGUGAUUUCAUUUAAUUAAUUUGAUUUUAAAUACAAAUAUUAGCAAGUUUAUUUUAUUAUUAUUAUUAUUAUAAUAUUUGAGUUUUUUUUAUCAAAUUAUUGUUUCUUUUUUUACGAAAAAUGUAAAUAAAGUAAAUACAGUGUAUUUUUAAGUAAUUUUAAUACUUAAAUCGCCUAGUCAAUUGUUAUAAUAUUAAAUUCUCAUUUGAUAGAAUAAUUGCAACAUAUAAUCAAAUUAGCAUAUUUUCCGGAAACAUGCAAUAUUUCUUAUUAUUUCUUCUAAUAAGUGUGACAAUCCAUUGGUCAGUUGCACCACCUGUUAAUCAAAAAAAAGAUAAGGAUCAUGAUAAAAAUGAUGAAGUUGAAGAUGUGGAAGAAGUGGUAGAUAUGGAGUACCGUAGGUACCUAAUGGAAGUUGUUCAAGCAUUAGAAAGUGAUCCUGAAUUUCAAGCAAAAUUGGAAAAUGCAUUGGAUUCAGAUAUACGUACAGGGAAAAUAGCUGAAGAAUUACAGUUUGUAAAUCGUAAUGUUAGAACAAGAUUGGAUGAAAUAAAAAGAGAAGAAUUAGAAAGAUUAAGACAUCUUGCAACCAAAGAAAAUGAAUUGAAGAAUGGUUUAGAUGUUGAUCAUUUAAAAAUACCUGAACAUUUAGAUCAUACUAAUACACGUACAUUUGAAAUUCAAGAUCUAAAAAAAUUAAUUGCUAAGACUACUAAAGAUUUAGCAAAAGCUGAUAGAAAAAGACGAGAGGAAUUUAAACGGCAUGAAAUGGAAAAGCAGUAUAAAGAAAGAGAAAAAUUAAAACAAAUGAACGAUGCAGAGAAAAAGAAGUAUGAAGAAGAAUUGCAAACAAUGAAAGAAAAGCAAAAAAAACAUGAACCUGUACAUCAUCCAGGAAGUAAACAACAAUUAGAGGAAGUAUGGGAAAAACAAGAUCAUAUGGAGAAUGAAGAAUUUAAUCCUAGAACAUUUUUUUUUUUCCAUGAUGUUGAUGGUAAUGGAGUAUGGGAUCAAGAUGAAGUUAAAGCUUUAUUUUUGAAAGAAUUGGAUAAACUUUAUGCUCAAGGAGCACCACAAGAUGAUUUUUUAAAACGAGCCGAAGAAAUGGAAAGAAUGAGAGAACAUGUAUUUAAUGAAGCUGAUCUCAAUAAAGAUGGUCUUAUUAGUUAUGAAGAAUUCUUGGAACAAACAAAAAAACCAGAUUUUCAACAAGAUGAAGGAUGGUUAGGAUUAGAUGAACAACAAAUUUAUACUCAAGAAGAAUUUGAAGCUUUUGAAAGACACAAGCAAGAAGAGAUGCAAAAAAUGAUUGCUAAAGGAAUGCUACCACCACACCCAGGUAGUAUACCGGCACAAUCCGAGCCGUUUCCAUCACAAUAUGGACAUGCACCAGUUGCACCUGGAUUAGUUCCACCUCAAGUAGAUUCAAAUCAAAAUGUUCUACAUCAGCAACAAUUUCAAAAUCCACAAUAUCAACAACAGCCACAAAUUGUAAAUCCUCAGCAAAUUCAUGAUCAAAUUCAACAACAACAACAGUUUCAAAGACAAAUACCGAAUCAACAAUAUCAAUAUGUGCAAGUACCUCAAGAACAAAAUCCUGUUCAACAGUUACACUCUGCACCUAUACCAAAUCAACAAAAUCAAGGACAAGUUUUGGUUCAACCUCAUCAAUCUUUAGGUCAACAAGUACAAAUUCCAAUUCAUCAACAGAAUGAACAUCCAGUUUCAAAUUUGCAACAACAGCAAAUAAAUCAAAUACCACACAAUAUUAACGUGCCACAGCAAAAUAAUCAAAAUCAGCCAAAUUUGCAAUCUACACAGAUUCCUACACAACAAGAAAUUAAUAAAGUACCAACUGAUCAGAAAGUAUAAUAACAGGUAAUAUUUUUAAAUCACAUAAUAUGACAAAAAAUUAGUCAAGAUAUGACAAGAAAGACGAAGCAUUUAAAAAAAAAGUUCAAAUUUUUUAUCAUUUUAUAAUAUUUUUCAUAUCUUUCUUCGUUUUCGUUUUCUCAUUAAUUCCAGCAUCUGUAUGUAUACAGAAUACUAACAUUACGUUUCAUGAAAGAUUGAAAUAUUAAUUUUCCGCAUUUAUCAUAAAAUAUAAAUAAAAAUAUUUCAAAGAAA